AUGAACGAUGAAUAUACGAGGGAGUAUACUGCUAUGGAGGUUAAGAGUGCUCUAGAUAGCAUGCAUCCGCUCAAAUCUCUCGGGCGUGAUGUCUCUCACUAUAUGAAACGUAACACGGUAGAUCAUAUGGCUAUAAAACUUGACAUGAGCAAGGCUAUGACUAUAUUAAAUGAGCGGGGUAUUAGAAAAGACGAUCCAUUGUUGCCUUAUUUGUUCUUAUUUUGCGCGGAAGCAUUGAGUGCUUUAAUCCAUCAGGAGAAACUAAAAGGUUCAUUAUCGGGUCUUGCAGUUUGUAGGGGCGCUCCAAAGCAAAUGAGUCCUCAGCGAAAUGCAUUAAAGAGGUCAUCCAAAAAUUAUGAAGAUGCUUCAGUGGUGGAAAAGCACGAAAACUAUCUUGGCUUACCAUCAGCUAUUAGCAAGUUGAAGCGAGAAGUGUUUUCUAAUGUGAGAGAAAAAGUUUAUGCUCGCCUUAGGGGUUGGAAAGAAAAAUUUCUCUCUAAAGGAGGGAAGGAGAUCCUAAUCAAGGUGAUAGCUCAAGAAUUCCCAACUUACGCUAUGAGUUGCUUUAAACUACCCGACACCUUUAUGAAGGACCUCGAAAGUCAAAUGGCAAAUUUUGGUGCGAAGAUACGGAGGGUAGGGAGCUCUCCUUGUCAAACAAGUGUGGCGUUUGCUAGAAAACGCGGACACUUUUGGGCGGAAUGGUUUUUUCUAUGUCCGGAGCGUACCACGUGGCUUUUAAUGGACAAAGAUGGAGAGAGCCGUCAAGGCAAUAGUUCUAACUCCUCUAAUAAUGAAAACUGGAAAUGGCUUUGGGGCCUAAAUUUGCCAAGUAAGGUUAAAUUGUUUCUCUGGAUGGCCUGUAAGAAUCUACUGCCAACAUGUGUACAUUUGAGGAAUCAAAGGGUAUUGGAGGAUAAUUGGUGUGUGAUCUGCAACGAAUGUGAGGAAGAUGUUAUCCACAUUCUUUUCUAUUGUUCCUUCUCACGUCAAGUGUGGGCAUUGAGCAACCCUUACUAG